GAGCUCGGCGCCUGCGCACGACGUCGCGGUCGCCUCCGCUGCCGCUGCUACCGCCACUUGGGUUCAGCUCUCCACCGGCGCGGGGCUGAAUGGGCUUCCGGGAAGCCGCCCGCCGUGAGGAAUUGGCGGUUCCUCAGCGCCCCGAGCCUCAGUGACUCGCCCUCCGUCAGCCAGAAACCCUCCUCCUGGGCCCGCGCGGGAGGAGCGGGGCCUCUGAGGGGAGCGGCGAGCCCGCCGGCCCCGGUCUCUUUCCCUGGCGGCGGCAGCGGCUUUCUCCGUAGGACAAUAUGUUCAAGAGAAUGGCCGAAUUUGGGCCUGACUCCGGCGGGAGAGUGAAGGGGGUUACUAUUGUUAAACCAAUAGUUUAUGGUAAUGUUGCUCGAUAUUUUGGAAAGAAAAGAGAGGAGGAUGGGCACACCCAUCAGUGGACAGUAUACGUGAAGCCAUAUAGAAAUGAGGAUAUGUCAGCAUAUGUGAAGAAAAUCCAAUUUAAAUUACAUGAAAGCUAUGGCAAUCCUUUAAGAGUUGUUACAAAGCCUCCAUAUGAAAUUACUGAAACAGGUUGGGGUGAAUUUGAAAUAAUCAUCAAAAUAUUUUUCAUUGAUCCUAAUGAAAGACCUGUAACCCUGUAUCAUUUAUUAAAGCUGUUUCAGUCAGACACCAAUGCAAUGCUGGGGAAGAAGACAGUGGUUUCAGAGUUCUACGAUGAAAUGAUAUUUCAAGACCCAACAGCGAUGAUGCAACAGUUAUUAACCACAUCUCGUCAGCUUACCUUAGGCGCCUAUAAGCAUGAAACAGAAUUUGCAGAACUUGAAGUGAAAACUAGAGAAAAAUUAGAAGCUGCGAAAAAGAAAACAAGCUUUGAAAUUGCAGAGCUUAAGGAGAGAUUAAAAGCAAGUCGUGAAACUAUAAAUUGUUUAAAAAAUGAAAUCAGGAAACUCGAAGAAGAUGAUCAGACAAAAGAAAUAUAAAGAGUUCGGAAGAAAACUUGAUAGUAAGCAAAACUGAAAAUAAGGGACUUUAAAGAAGAGAUGGACUGCAAAUGCUGGCAUGUUUCUCGGGAACUGCAUUUACAGUUGUUGGCCGUAGAUUUCUCAGCAGUGGGGUCAAAGUAUUUGAGCUUUUCAAGCGAUCUUUAAUGUGAAAUACAUAUGUGUAUAAGGAUGAAUGCUGUAUAGCAUGUCAUCAACCCAUUUCAGGGUAGUUCUGUGUUAAGCACAAUUUUAAAACAUUUUUAUUGCAUUGUAUGUAUAGCUUAUCUUUUUAACAGGCAUCAAAUUUCAUUGUAAGGUAUAACUUGUACAAAUUUUGCACCUCCCUGGUAGUUAGAAUUAGUGGUAAAAUUAGUGUGUAUAUUAAAUUUUUUAAGUUCUUUCCUGCCCCCAUCCUAACUCUUGUAUCUGAUGUGCCCAGGGCCCAGUGAGCACUCAAUAAACGUCGUUCAUGGAUGCUG